CAAUAACAAAAACUAUUAUUAUUUUUUACGUCUAUGUAUAGAUUAGAUACAAUCUCGGUUACAGAGUAAAUAACGUUUCCAACAGUUUACAAAGUUGUGCAUGGAUGUUCGACGAUGGCAGAUGCUAAGCAAAGUAAAACAGAAGAAAUAUACAAUGGAUCAUCCCAGUCUCGUGUUGUUUUGGCGAAACCUCGACUAGGAGGCUUUGGAUCCUCUAACUUACUUAACUCUAGUUCAAGUAAAAGCUGUAACCCAUUUGGAUCAGUUUUACGUCCGCCACAGCUGAAGCCUGGGAAUAAUCCUUUUCUAAAAGUUAGCGAAACUAAACCUAGUGUAGAUAAAGACAAGAAUUCAAAUGAAGAAACAGGGGAAAACAGGCAACAGGAGUCCAAAGAAGAGGAAGCUCCCAAAUUUGUACCUCUCGGUUCAAGUAGUUCAGCAUCAAGGUCGGCAACAACGAUGCCAGCACCAUCACAGGCUACUUCCUCAUCAGGAUUUGUAUUCGGACAGAAUUUAAGUGAAAGGGUGGUCAUUAAAGAAUCACUUAACAAUGGAGAAGCUUCAGUGGACCACAGUUCUUCGAAUGGCACUUCAGAGUUACUUUUCACAAGUGCUGCAGCGUCUGUUAAGGAAAACAAUCAGACGCAAGAGGAAGGAGGUUUGUAUGAGAGUGGUGAAGGUCUCGCUGCUGCCGCGGCUGAAUAUGAGCGAUCACACGCUCGCCCCCCUCCACCCGCCAACUACUGCACAAUGACGGGGGAGGAAGACGAGAUAAAUGUGAUGCAGAUAUCCUGUCGUCUCUUCGCCUGGGAGAGUGGUAGUUGGCGCGAGCGGGGACGCGGUGUUCUUCGCCUGAACGAUGGCGCCGGCGGUUCGGGGGCGAGGUUGGUUGCUCGUGUUGCUGGGUCUCUGAGGGUCGUGCUCAACACUAAACUGUGGCCGGACAUGGUCGUAGACCGAGCCGCCAAUAAGUCGCUGAGGAUCACGGCCGCGGACGCCCAGCAGCAGGUCAAGCUGUUCCUCAUCAUGGGAACACCAGGCGAUAUAGCACAAUUACAUAAAGCGUUGCUGUCUCGUAUAUCACUCAGCAAGCGUAGUUAUAACUCCAAGGAAGAUGAGAACUCGCAGAGAUCGGCCGAGAGGUUGGAAGCUGCCACCGACGAUAAUGAUUACACAGAGAAAUCUGUAGACGAUUCAAAUCAAGAAGACGAGGGAUCGAACUUUGACGAAGAACAAGACAUUGACAUUCAAAGAGACCAGGAGAGUGAAAAUAGACUUGAAAGUAGUAAAGAAAAGAGUGACGAGAAGAGUAAUAUAAGAGAAGAUUUAACAGAAGAGAAGGAAUCGAAACCUUUGAAACGAAAAGAACCGGUGGAAGAAGAGACUUCUCCCAAAAGACAAUGUUCCGAAAAUCACUGACUGUUAUAUUAGGAACAUGUCAGUAAACCAGAUACUAAGGGACUUUAACAACAACACGGACACAUCAAAUGAGAUUCUCGCUAAAAGCUCUAUAAAUGUAAUAAGGUAAAAGGAGGAUAGGAGAUAUUUAUGGUUAAAUUAAUUAAAUAGCAACAAAUUGCAUAAUAUUCUUUUUUGGGUGAGAAUGAUAUAUUAGUAAGCGCGUGUACCCGCGACAACCUGCAGAUGUUGGUUACGGACAAAUAGUGAACGGAAUGGACUUAAGGUUACAGAAAACGACGUCCACGUUUUGUUCAACACAUUCCAACGGCGACGAUGUAUUGAAAAUGUUUGAUUCGGCCGCAGCUGAAUACCAAAUACAUAAUGUACAUGUGAUUUAUUUUCUGAUAUGUAAUACAAAUAAAGAGUUUUACCUUUAA